AUGCUCCGAAGCUUAGUAUCGCCACGGGCGGCUGCCAGGUCAGCUUUCAAGCAAUCUUCAUCCCUUCCCACAGUUGUCGCCCCUACAUCAAUUGCACGAUGGUCGAAACGAGGAUAUGCCACAGAGGCUGAGGAAAAGGAUUUGGUCAUCAUUGGUGGAGGUGUUGCCGGAUACGUCGCAGCUAUAAAAGCUGGCCAGGAAGGCAUGAAGGUCACAUGUAUCGAGAAGCGUGGCACAUUGGGUGGAACCUGUCUGAAUGUUGGUUGUAUCCCUUCGAAAGCUCUCCUCAACAACUCGCAUCUCUACCACCAGAUUCUCCACGAUACGAAAGCCCGUGGUAUCGAAGUUGGCGAUGUCAAACUCAACCUGGCACAAAUGAUGAAGUCAAAAGACACUGCCGUCUCGGGCUUGACAAAAGGCGUGGAGUUUCUGUUCAAGAAGAACAAUGUCGAAUACAUUAAGGGCACGGCAGCUUUCGCGGGCGAGCACGAAAUCAAGGUCAACCUGACCGAGGGUGGAGAAACAACCGUUGUGGGCAAGAACAUCCUCAUCGCCACCGGCAGUGAAGCUACGCCAUUCCCGGGGCUUGACAUCGACGAGAAGAGAAUCAUCACAAGCACUGGUGCUAUUGCCCUGGAGAAAGUCCCGGAAAGCAUGAUUGUCAUUGGUGGAGGUAUCAUUGGUCUUGAGAUGGGAUCUGUUUGGUCGAGAUUGGGUACCAAGGUCACCGUUGUUGAAUUUCUGGGGCAAAUCGGUGGCCCAGGAAUGGACGCUGAGGUCGCGAAGUCUGCGCAAAAGAUCUUGAAGAAGCAAGGCAUCGACUUCAAGCUGAACACCAAGGUCAUGGGUGGUGAUCCAAGUGGCGAGAAGAUCAAGCUCGAGGUAGAGGCUGCCAAGGGAGGCAAGAAUGAGACUCUCGAGGCGGACGUUGUUCUGGUAGCCAUCGGACGUAGACCAUACACUGCUGGUCUUGGAUUGGAAAACAUUGGUCUUGAGACUGAUGAUAAGGGAAGACUUGUUAUUGACCAGGAAUACCGAACCAAAAUCCCGCAUAUCCGCGUUGUUGGUGACUGCACUUUCGGUCCUAUGCUUGCCCACAAGGCGGAAGAAGAGGCCGUUGCCGUUGUUGAGUACAUCAAGAAGGGACACGGACACGUCAACUAUGGUGCUAUCCCAUCCGUCAUGUACACACAUCCCGAGGUUGCAUGGGUGGGCCAGAACGAGCAAGAAGUCAAGGCUUCAGGAGUCAAGUACAAGGUCGGCACAUUCCCAUUCUCUGCCAACUCGAGAGCGAAGACCAACCUCGACACUGAGGGCUUCGUCAAGAUGAUCGCCGAUGCCGAGACUGAUAGAAUCCUUGGCAUUCACAUCAUUGGACCCAAUGCUGGAGAGAUGAUCGCUGAGGGGACCCUUGCAAUCGAAUACGGUGCUUCGAGUGAGGAUAUCGGACGUACGAGUCACGCACAUCCAACUCUGGCAGAGGCAUUCAAGGAGGCUGCUAUGGCGACGUACGGCAAGGCAAUUCAUUAUUGA